AUGCCGUCUCUUCGCCUGUUGUCGCGGCUUGCCAUCGCGGUUGUCCUCGUCGCCUGGUCCCUCCCCUGGCUCCACGGCCGCAAGCAAGCCCUUUCUUUGCUCGCAAAGAACAAGCCCGAAAAUCUGCCGGAGAUCAACAAGUUCUCCAGCUACUCGUACAAACUGGUCAACAAAGUCCGCAACUGCGAAGACGGCAUCAUUAUCGAAGAGGAUGCCUUUGCGAUCCUCAGCUGCGACUCUGGCCGCGACCUCUGGAACACAGUCAUGGGCACUUUCCACCCGAAGCGUGAGCUGAUUCCCAAUGGAAAACUUUGGAUUUAUCGCUACGAGGACGACGACGACUCUGAGAAGGCUCUGGCCCCGGUCGAGUUUGUGGGUUACCCGGGUGCCUUGUCGUUUCACCCGCUCGGCGUAGAGUACGACCGCGACACGUCAACGCUCUUCGUGUGCAACCACCACAUUGAAGGCUCGCGCGUCGACGUGUUUACCCUCGACCUGUCCAAAAUCACACCAGUUGCGAAACACAGACGCACAAUCCUGCACCCACUAAUCCGCACACCCAACUCCCUCGCCCUCCUAAGCGGAACCGAAUUCUACGUCACCAAUGACCACUACAUCCGCCGCCGGGACUCGCCCCUCGGUGCCCUCGCAGAGACAUACCUCGGUAUCCCCGGUGGGACAGUGACAUAUGUGAACAUCGCCUCUGAACCCAUCGAAGUCCGGACCGUUGCGCGCGCGCCCUUCGCGAACGGGGUUGCGAUCCUUAAUGCCUCGACCGUCGCCGUGGCCGCGACAUCAGCCGCCGAAGUCCGUCUGUAUACUCGUCUAGACGACAACUCACUUGUACAAUCGGGCGCGAUCCCCGUCCCCUAUAUGCCAGAUAACCUCUCAACAAACAGCGACGGCUCCCUCCUGAUCGCCGGCCACCCGCACCCGCCAACACUCGAUAAACUUGUCAAGCACCGUCGGGCCUGUAUAGCAGAGGACGGGACGGUCCCGCAGGAGUGCUGGAAGUCGAAUUCCCCGACUUGGGUCGCGAGGUGGACUGCUGAGCGUGGACUAGAGGAUCUGUACGUUUCUGCCAAGGAGUUUGGGUCUGGGGCUACGGCUGCGAAGGAUGCGAAGAGGAACGUGGGGAUUAUUACGGGGUUGUAUGAGAAUGGGAUUUUGGUGUGGCGGGAGUAG